AUGUCCUCCCAACUACCUCGCCGAGAGAGAGCCCACAGCGAGAGAGCCCAAGCAAUUCCUACAAUACGACCAGCUAUGGGAAAUCGAACAACCUCCGCCCCGGCUGGAGGCCCACACAAACUCGAGGCUGCGCGGAAGCCAGGACUAGGAACUCAGCCUGAGCACACAUUGCUGGAGGAAGACGAGCUAUCGCCUAAUAGCGAAGUAACGAGGCGCACGCAAUCUCGUCCACACGGGGAAUCCUCCAAGACCGGUUUCCCCGAAGUGACUAUCGGCGUCGUGGGCGAAGAGAACUCUGGCAAGACCAGCUUUGUCAAAUGUGCCUUGGAUAUGAAGGACCCGCCUUCGUCCAUUUGCAGCAGGAAGAAAAUGUCCUUGGACGGAUCAGUCUACAUUGUGCACCUGCUCGAAAUUGACUUGACCCAGAUCCAGUUCGAUGAAAAUAAAAAGAUCAUCUGGCCGAGCACGGAGCACUUUUCAUCUGUGCCAGCCAUUGACGGAGUCCUGGUUUUGCAUGAUGCUACCACACCGGACAGGCUUUCGUUCACAACGAAUCUCAUCGUGCUGAUGAUCUUUUCAACAGACUCCCUGGCUGCUUCGGAUCUGCCAUUCUUGCAGGUUGCCUGCAAAUGCGAUGUCAACCCUGAACCUUUGGAAGACAACAAAGUCGAUGCGAUCCACGACCGAUACGAGAUCUACCGAACGUCAUUUUCUUCACCAAGAUCACAGCGGAUGUGUAUAGCUUUGGUUCUGCGUGCAGUGAUUUCCACCCGUGAAGAUCUCGCUUUGGAACUGGAUUUCGAUCCUCCUAACCUCCCUGUCGCCCCACCGAGAACAACCACCAAAUCUUUUCAACACCCACCCCACGAUUGGCAUCAUAACCGUGCCAACUCCGAAAACCCCUCAACCGUAUUCGCCGGAGCCGCUGGCGGCCCACAAACCACGGUCUCAGAUCAAUGCCUCGAUAAGGACGAGAAUCGCCUCUCAGUCGACCAUACAAGCCCAAACUUGGCCCAACAGCAAACCUCUAGUUUUCACCGUUAUGCUCGAAGUAACUCGCAACCGGUGCGACCGCAAACUCCACCGUCCGGAACUCGUUUAAAUACGCGCAGACCGUCAACACAAGAACAAUAUUCCCCGAUCCACGACAACCGCCAACAACGACUACACAGCGCCUGGCGACACAGCGGAGGUUCGGACGCAUUCAACAGCUUCCUCAACAUGGAGGACGAGGUAGAAGAUGGACAAAGCCGGCCGCCCAGCCCUGGCACAGUUCUGCGACCGAAGCCGAGCAGCGAGAGCAAUUCGAGUGCAGAGACAGGGUUUUCUUUCGAUGAGCUUGUCGACCGCCUAGUUGCCCUGCCGAUGUCAAAACAAGAUCAAAAAUUCGGCUCUAUCUUUCUAUGCCUAUACCGCAAAUUCGCCGCCCCCGGAACACUUUUGAAUGCCCUGAUAUCCCGAUUUGAGCGGAAUGAGACAGGCAAUGCCGAUCAGCUUGCCCGCAUGGCCGACCAGCUACGAUUGCUCGAUGUCAUGGCCCAAUGGGCCUCAGAAUACCCUGGAGAUUUCGCGCAUCCUAAUCUUCACAAAAGAAUCGUUGAAUUUGUUGCUACGCUCGAAAAGAGCCACUUCUAUAUGUUCGCCGCGAAGGAAAUCGGGUCCCAGUUGGAUUCCAAUGCAAAGGACGACGAUGUUGGUUGGGCCUAUGGUGGAGACAGUGAUAUGGACGAUUCCCAACUCGUUGAGACGUUCUUCGAUAAUUCGGGUCGGAGCUCUCCAGCACUGGCUUUCACUGGCGCUGGCACCGCACCUACGCACGAGGACGAAGAAGAACAGGACCCGAUCUAUAGUAUGAGUGCACUGGAUCUCAGCGAUGGGCCACAUGAUUCGACAUCACGACUCUCAGGCACACUUUCUGUUUCUUCUAAUGCCGCCGAUAAACCUAAAAGCACCACCAACCAAUCAUUUACAUUAUUGAGUCUUGGUGCUGCCCAGAAAGAGGCGUUGCGUCUAACAUUGACACCCAAGACUUUUAUUGGCAAAGUCCAGUGGCGGUUCUUUAUGGAGACUCCAGACGAAGAGUUUGCAAGAGAGUUGACGCGGAUCGACUGGGUUAUGUACAACUCAUUCCGGCCACGCGAUCUUGUCCGUCAUGUCAGUUUGUCGGGCAUUGACAAGGAUAAGAUCAAAAGCUUGACAAACGUCAAUCGGAUGAUCAAGCAGUUCAAUCACCUGGCGUUCUUCGUCGCCAGUAUGAUUCUUUUACGCGAUAAACCCAAGCACCGAGCGAAGGCGCUGGAAAAGUUCAUGAAUAUCGCAGCGAAACUCCGCCGUCAAAACAACUAUAACUCCCUAGGCGCCGUGAUCGCGGCCAUCAACGGCACCCCUGUCCACCGCCUGACUCAAACCCGAGAACUGAUCCCCAUCCCAGUUCAGAAGGAGUUUAUGCGUCUGGUAAUCCUUAUGAGCACGCAACGAAGCCACUUCGCCUACCGUCUUGCCUGGGAAAACUCAUUCUCAGAGAGAAUCCCAUUCCUCCCCCUCCACCGCCGCGACCUCGUCUCUGCUGAAGAAGGCAACAAGACAUUUGUCGGUGAAACCAAAUCCCGCAUCAAUUGGAAGAAAUUCGAGGUCAUGGGUGAGGUGGUCCUUGGCAUUCAGCGAAGCCAAAAGAGCCCCCAUCCCCAAGCUCAGAAGUUCGACGAUAUUGAGAGACUGAUUCUAGAAUCGAAGCUCUCUGGAGACGAAGAGGACUUGUAUGCUCGCAGCUUGCAUGUCGAACCGUCCACCGGAGCAGAGGGUCGGAGGAAGUUUGGCUGGUUGCGCUCUUGA